UUUUUUUUCUUGCUUUUGUUGAUGUUAUUUAUUUCUUUUUACUUGAAUAAGAGCAGUAAUAGUCUUGUAUAAAAAAAAUAUGAAGCUACCAUUUCUUUCAAAAAAGAAGGAAAAGGUUGAUAACGAAAACGAUGACCGGCCAAAUAAUGACUUGAGGCGAGUGGACUCAACUUCCUCUUACAUGCAACUUAGACGAAAUAUUUAUGUAAACAUGGAAUUACCAGCUUCAGAAUAUGACCAAAAAGGAAGGCGUAUUCAUCGCAACUAUGCAAAUAACCGUGUGCGAACAGCCAAAUAUACACCUAUUUCUUUUGUACCUAAAAACCUCUUUGAGCAAUUCCGAAACGUUGCCAACCUGUACUUCUUAUUUCUGGUGAUUUUACAAUGUAUCCCAUUGUUUGGUGUGACAGAGCCUGCUGUGUCAGCAUUACCACUUAUUGCAAUUUUAAUCAUUACAGCCAUUAAAGAUGCCAUUGAAGACUGGAAAAGAAACCAAAGUGAUGAUAAAGUCAACAACUCGCUUGUGUUACGAUUGUCCAAUUGGAAGAACGUCAAUGUUCCCGAAGUGACAAGAGGCCCUUGGUAUUAUCUGCAUGUUAUCAUCGGCUUCUUCUCAGUUUUAUCAGGUUCAGAAAACAAGUAUGCACACAGCUAUCGACAGGCGAAAAAAAAAGCCGCAGAUCAGCUCAAUUUGAAAGCAUCAGAAGAUUGUUUGCCUUUGACUGAUGCUGAACAAUCGAGUUAUUCCCCACCAACGCCUCCUCCAAAAACAUUGAUGACCACUGUUCGAAAACGAUCAGAUACAAUUCGUUCUAGUGUAUCAAGUAUUUUCAGCAAAAGCAACUUGAACACUCCACAAACAAAAAGACCCUAUCGACCAGGCGCUAUUCCUCACUCUGUACUUUACCGUUUACCCACACAAGAGACUGCACAUCAUAGACACAGUCGAAUCAUAGAAGAAAGUGAAGAUGCGCGUAGACCUUCUUUGCACCCCACAGCAAGUGGUGCCGGUGACACUGCGCCUAGUUGUCAAGUAAAAUGGGCCAACAUUAAAUGGAAAGAACUUCAAGUGGGUGACUAUGUGAUGAUCAAGAACGAUCAAGAUAUCCCGGCUGACAUUGUGAUUCUAUCAACUUCAGAAGCUGAUAACGUCUGCUAUAUCGAGACACAGAAUUUAGAUGGUGAAACUAACUUGAAGCAGCGUCAAGGUUUGCCAGGUACCUCUGGUCUCCGCACAGAACAUGAUUGUGAAGAAGCCCGAUUUUACAUUGAAAGUGAGCCACCUCACGUCAAUAUUUAUCAGUAUAAUGCAGUAUUGCGUUGGCAGAUUGAUUCAGACGAAACAAAUACAGUUCGAUCAGGUGUAUCGCAUGAAAAGGCUGAUGCUGUGACGUACAACAACAUUUUGCUUAGAGGCUGUGUGCUUAGAAAUACAGAAUGGGCCAUUGGUGUUGUUGUCUAUACAGGAAAUGAUACCAAGAUUAUGAUGAACACAGGUCGCACACCUUCAAAACGUAGUAAAAUAGCCAAGGCCACUAAUCCUCACGUUGUUGCUAAUUUUGUCAUCUUGGCUAUUCUUUGUAUCGUGAGUUCUAUUUUAGAUAGUGUCCAAUUCACGGGUAAUGGAUCUUCACGUUACUUUGAUUAUAAUAUUGAGGGGUCAAACGCUUCUUAUUCUGGGUUCCUUACAUUCUGGGUUACACUCAUUUUGUACCAAAAUAUCGUGCCUAUUUCACUGUAUAUUUCUGUCGAGAUUGUCAAAACAUUGGGUGCUUAUUUUAUUUUUGCCGAUCUGGACAUGUAUCAUGAAGAAACCGACACACCUUGCAUUCCCAAAACAUGGAACAUUUCAGACGAUCUAGGCCAAAUUGAAUACAUCUUUUCAGACAAGACUGGUACAUUGACUCAAAAUGUCAUGGAAUACAGAAAAUGUACAAUUAAUGGUGUGUGCUAUGGUAUUGCUACAACAGAAGCUACAAUGGGUGCUUUGAAACGUCAACAAAGUAGACACCAUUAUGGUCAGUCUGAUAUUAUGCUUGAUGCUGAUAACAUGGACAAUGUCACCUUGGAUGAAUUGAACCACACAUCUGAACCCUUCAUGCCAGAUGCUGCAGAAAUGGAAAAGUUGAAGAAAACCAUGUUCGAAAAGCAAGCAAAACUUUUCAAAAACACACAUAUUGGUCCUAACCCAACAUUUGUGGAUCCUCAACUUUUUGAUGACCUUGAACAAGAGUCUGGACAAUCUGCAGCCAUCACUCACUUUUAUCAAACAUUGGCGCUCUGUCACACUGUGAUUGCUGAGCAGCCUGAUAAAGAAAAUCCAGAUUACAUUGAAUACAAGGCACAAUCGCCUGAUGAAGCUGCUCUUGUUGCUACUGCUAGAGAUUUGGGUUUUGUGUUCUUGCGUCGUGACGGCAGCAAGAUAUUUAUUGAAGUCAAAGGUGAAGAGAAGUCAUUUACGCUGUUGAACGUAUUGGAAUUCAACUCAACUAGAAAGCGCAUGAGUGUCAUCAUUCAACCCUCGGAUAGUGACCAUAUUGUCUUGCUCUGCAAAGGCGCCGAUUCUGUCAUUUUUGAACGUCUUUGUACCGACUUUGGUACACAAACAGAACUAGAAAAGCAACAACAAGAACUCAGAGAUGCCACUACAAGAGAUUUGGAACAGUUUGCAAACGAAGGGUUACGUACACUUUGUCUUUCUUACCGCUUUAUCUCUCCUGAAGAAUACAAACCAUGGAACAAGCGAUUCCAAGAAGCUUCAUCAAGUCUUGUCAACCGUGAAGAGCGUGUCGAUGCUGUCAGUGAAGAAAUUGAGCAAAACAUGUUAUUGAUGGGUGGCACUGCCAUUGAAGAUCGUCUUCAACAUGGUGUACCCGAAACCAUUGCUGAACUUUCCAAGUCUGGUAUCAAACUGUGGGUCUUGACAGGUGAUAAAACAGAAACUGCUAUUAACAUUGGAUUUUCUUGUAAUCUCUUGACAACUGAUAUGGAAUUGCUUAUCUUGCGUUCUUCUAAUCGUGCAGAGACUGCUCAAAUGUUGGAUGAUACACUUCAAAAACUGAGCAAGGAAGCCGAGACAGAUACCGCUGCUGCUAAUGGCGAUAGAAAAUACGCAUUGGUCAUUGAUGGCACUACUUUGAAAUAUGCUUUAGAAGAUGCUACAAGAAGCAAAGUGCUUGCUAUUGGUAUGCAAUGCGCUAGUGUUAUUUGUUGUCGUGUGAGUCCCAAACAAAAGGCACAAGUUGUUCGCAUGGUUAAAAAGGGCCUCAAGGUGAUGACGCUGGCUAUUGGUGAUGGUGCAAAUGAUGUUUCUAUGAUUCAAGAAGCUAAUGUGGGUGUUGGUAUUUCUGGUGUAGAAGGUAGACAAGCUGUCAUGGCCUCUGAUUAUGCCAUUGCCCAAUUCAGGUUCUUGAGAAAGCUUUUAUUAGUUCAUGGCCGAUGGUCUUAUCUCCGUACUGCUGAAAUGAUUAUGGGUUUCUUCUUUAAGAAUAUUGUUUGGACCUUUGUCCUGUUCUGGUAUCAGAUUUUCUGCCAAUUUAACGGUAGUAUGGUGUUUGAAUAUGCCUUAGUUACAUUAUACAAUGUGGUCUUUACAUCCUUGCCUAUCAUCUUUUUGGGUAUUUGGGAUCAAGACUUGAGUGCUAAAUUAUCUCUCAAGUAUCCUGAACUUUACCGUAUGGGUCUGAGAAACGACAAGUUCAAAACCUGGAGAUUCUGGCUAACUAUUCUUGACUCUAUUUACCAAUCUUCCGUAUGUUUCUUUUUCCCUUAUAUGCUUCUUGUGGGUGGUGGUAUUGACCCCCAUGGCUAUGAUGCCAAUGGUCUUUAUGAAAUUGGUACUAUUGUAUCUAGUAUUGCUGUCUGCGUAGCCAAUUUCUUUGUCGUCUUCUCUCUCUAUAGUUACACAUGGAUCCAAGCAUUGGUGAUCAGUCUGUCAAUUCUAGUCUAUUAUGCAUUUGUAGGCAUUUAUUCGCAAUUCAACACCUUUAUUUUCGCUGGUCAUGUUCGCUUAUUUGGCACAGGAUCUUACUGGCUUAUUCUCAUAUUGACAAUUGUUGCCUGCUUCAUUCCUCGUGUGAUUGCCAAACAUUAUCUGCACCAAUACCACCCUUAUGAUAAUGAUAUUAUUCGAGAAAUUGAACUGGUUAUUCACAAGGGCAAAAAUAUUUAUGAUAAUAUGGAAAAGGAGCAAAUGAUUGAUAUAGAGGAGGAUAUAGUAUCUCGAUCAACUCCUGUUUCUUCUUACCAAUAUUCCAAGGAUAAACCUUAAAGAAGUGUAUUUCUAGCAUUUCCUAUUUAUUGUAUUUCUUUUUUGUAAAGUAUAUAUAACUGUCUACAACUACUGCUUAAUAAAAUAAUUACAUUCUUAUAACGAA